UAAUUUUGCUUUUCCAGGGAUCUUCAUUGCAGUUCUACUGAAAAAAAUCGGAGCUAGACCGCUGAUGAUUAUUAGCGGCGCGGUAAUUGCUGUAUCUGUGAUCAUAGCCGCAGUGGUAUCGACAUCAUUAGUCCACAUUGCUCUGUGUUUCAUCGUAAGCAGUUUUGGAUUUGCCAUGAUGCGAAAUGCUUCAGUCGCAGUUCUAUUGAAAUAUUUCCCGGAUAAUUUCGCCUCCAUGAAUGGGUUGAGUUUGAUAGGAGGCCCUUUGGGUAUGAUGAUCGUCCCUCCCGUGGUUCAGCAACUGAUCCAGCUGUAUGAUUGGCGAGGUGCUCUGGCUCUUCUCGGUGCUAUGUCGGCAAAUUUGUGCGUUUUCGCCGCUCUAUUUAGACCUCUGCGGACCCAAAACUCCUACACACCAAUAGCUGAUGAUGAGCCGAGCUCUACAACUAACCCACCUGCGAUCGAGUCACUUUGGCAGAAAUUUAGACAAACGUUUGGAAUAAUAAGUGAUAAAAUUUACUUCCAAAUGUUCGUUGAUGAACCUGGAUUCGUCACCAUCCAGAUUAUUAGCUUCCUUUGGGGAACCGUGUUCGGUGCAUAUUUGGGCGCGUUUUGUCCGGCUUUUCAAUCGACCACGGACUGGUAA